AUGGCGUACUCCUCCUGUUUGAAUCGGAGUUUGAAACCAAACAAACUUCUCCUCAUGAGGAUAGAUGGGGCGACUCAGGUGAGAUCCCAUGUAGAUCUAAAUUUCUAUUCACUCGUGGGAGCCGGGUGGUUGAGGUUCGUCCUCAAUGGGAAAAUGCAGCACCUAACAACGCAUCUUCCCAGACCAAGAACUACGAGAUCACCACUUUCAUUCUGGGGUGAAGGAGGGAUCAUACCAUUCGAGCCUUUUUUCAUGCUUUUCCUAGCGGUCUGGAGAAAGCAGCAAUCAAUAGGACUUUCCUAA